CUUGCAGCAUGGUGGGCAUGGCCCCUGGGGCUCCGGAGGGUCUGGCACUGGGGUGGCACGUGUAGGUACAGCUGGCGCUGCCACCACCGCUGCCCCAGUAAGUGGAGAGGGGGUUCCCAUGCUGCCCCGGGGCUAAUGGGGGCAGCUGGGGAGGAGUGGGUGGUGGGGCAGGCAGCUGUGCUGGGGGGCAGAGUGUGCUGGGGAGGCUUUUAGUCAGGCUGCACUGGGAAUCAUCUGCUGCAAUGAAAGACUUCACCGAAAUCACGCUUUGCCCCGAGGCUCUGGACCACAGCAAGACUGAGUUCUGCAACCCCGUCUUCGAUGGCGAGGAGCCCCGGGCAGUGCCAAGCACCGAGCGCCUGCCAGACGAGGAUGGGACCAGCCCUGCAUCGCCCCGGGAUGGCCUCGGCCAGCAGCUCUGGGGCCAGGCAGGCUGGCGGUAUCGCAAUGACUGCAAGUUUACUUGGCUCUGUGUGGCUCUGAUGAGCACAGUCCUCCUCUUCCUCAUCGCCCUCCUGCUAGGCAUCAUGAUCCACGAACUGACAUCCCCACAGCCACCCCGCGCCCCAGCUGCAGCCCUGCCUGCCCGUGGCACCGCCAUCACCACUGCAGCACCCAUCCGAAGGGACCCCCUGGCCCCCACAACAGCUGCCACCCCAACCCAGAGCUGGCUGCCCACAUCCAGCACACCAUCACCACCCUGCGGUGGGACCCUGCGUGGCCCUGAGGGCUCCUUCAGCUCUCCCAACUACCCCGGCCCCUACCCACCCAACGCACUCUGCAUCUGGCACAUCGAGGUGGGCCCCAGCCUCGUCAUCCAGCUGAAGAUGGAGAUGUUCAGCGUGGAGGGCACUGCCUCCUGCCUCUUUGACCGUGUGGAGCUCUAUGAGGAGCGGGGGGCCAGCGGCACGGAUCCUGCCCCAGCUCAGGGGGGCCCGAUCAGGUUUUGUGGCAAUGUGGUCCCCCCAACCUUCAACACCAACUCCAACCACCUGCGCGUCACCUUCAUCUCUGACAGUAGUGUGGGUGCCCCAGGCUUCAGUGCCCGAUACCGUGCUGUAGCCCCCAGCGAGAAGAGCUGCGCCUGGGAUGAGCACUUGUGUGACCAGGGACUCUGCCUCCACCCGGGCUUCAUCUGUGAUGGCUUCCACGACUGCAUAGACAAGAGCGAUGAGGCCAACUGCAGUAUGAAACACAAAGAGUGUGGGGGGCUGCUGACUGCCUUGGAGGGGUACUUUUCCACCCCAAGCCAUCCCCAGCCAUACCCGCACCAGCAGCUGUGCCUCUGGCAGAUCUCAGUGCCUGUGGGCCAUGUCAUCGACCUGCGCUUCCACAACUUCAGCUUGGAGUCGCAUGAGGACUGCAGCUUCGACUUCGUAGAGGUGCAUGACAGUGCAGGCACAGGGACUGCCAGCCUCAUGGGCAGGUUCUGCGGCCACCAGCUGCCACCCACCCUGACCUCCUCACGGCAUGUCAUGACCGUCCUCUUUGUGGCAGAUGAGGGAGUAGCAGACGAUGGGUUCUUCGCCACCUACCAAGCCCACAAUGCCACAGAGAAGACCUGCAGCCCCACAGAGUUCUCCUGCGGAAAUGGUGAGUGCCAGGUACUGGAGUCUGUGUGUGAUGGCUGGCACGACUGCCCCGACGGCACCGAUGAGCUGAACUGCACAGAAGUCUCCUACCCAGCCUUCGGGUCUGUCUGUGAGCCCGUGGAAGUGGAGAUGUGCCUGGGGCUGGGCUACAAUGCAACCUCCUUCCCCAACAUCUGGCUGGCCAUCCCAGACCAGGAGGGAGCCGCCGAAGUCCUGAAGGACUACCAGACGCUGAUGGAACUCGCCUGCUACCAGCACCUCCGCCUCCUCAUCUGCAGCCUCUUUGUGCCCAAGUGCACCCCAGAUGGGGGUGUCCUGCAGCCCUGCCGGGCCGUGUGCCUGGCUGCCGAGCUGCGGUGCCAGAAGUCCCUCGGCCUCCUUGGCAUUCUCUGGCCCAUCAACUGCAACAUCCUGCCCGACUCCAAUGACCCUGUAGAGUGCUUCCAGCCCUGACUCAGCAAGAGAAGAAGAGCAGGGGCUGAAGAAGCCUGCCCAGAGCCACCCCCCCGCCCAUCCUCCUCCUGUUGCAAAUACUCAGCUGCCUUGGUAGCCCCCAUCAGCAGCACCCCAGCUCCUCACCUGCCCUGGGGUCAGCCCCUCUGCUCAGCACACAGGUCAGUGCUCGGAUGCCAUGGGCUUGCCCACAGGACCAAGUCCUUAGAGAGCAGGUGCCCCUUCCCAGCCAUGCUACAGGGAAAGGCUUGUGCUGGAGGGCCUGUGCCCACAGGUUGGAGCUGUGCUGGGGACACCACGCAAAGUCCCCCUGCCAAGCAGCAGGGCGGUGGCAAGAGGGUUGGCUACUGCCUCCCCAUCCUCAGCCAACCCCAGGCAUUUUGGCCAGAGAUGUGCGUUGUUCCCAAGCCACUUCUCUCUUUCAGCAUCUCCAGGCUGUGAGCGGCCUUUUUCCAGCAGCUCUCAGACAGGUUCCUAGCAGGGGAAGGGUUAAUGCUCCCUAAAUGGAGCAAGGCUGGGCUGAGGUGAGCCAGGCUGCAGACAGAAGAGCCCAAGGCUGCCCAUGUCCACAGCCCCAAAGCCAGCAGCAUAAACAGCAUGAGGAGCAGGUGGCUUAUUUGGUGAAGGUCUGUGUGUGGGUCCUGCUAGAUCCUAGGGGAAACUGAGGCAUGGGCCAA